UCGCUGCGUGAACUUGCGCCUUAACUCGUUAAAAAGAUAGCGACAACUAUCGUUACGUUAACGUUAUCGAGAUUCGUUGCUUGCGCUACCGACGGCCUAGGGAAAUCGGUAUUCCGUAACUGCGGGAAGCGAGUUUGAGUCGUUACAUGAUGCGGUAACGAAUGUCGAUAUCGACGUCUAUGUGUUCUUAAAAACAUCACAAAAAUUUUGCUUGUCGGCCAAUCGGAGAGCGCGCAUUCCGCUGUGCUUGGAAAUUCAAAAACGCACAAGAUGCACAUGUGGUACUCUUAUCCAUAAACCUAGCUUGUUGUUUGUUUGCGAGUGAACGUUGUGUAAAUUAUUCGCAUUUUCUUAACGUGGUACUAACUUGAGAGUGCUUGAGAGACAUAAACCAGAUAGAAGAAAGCGCAUUUUUACCAAUGUAAAUUAAUCUUGGUUUAAUUUACUUUUUAUCUUUCUCUAAAAAUUAGAAAAAAGUAAAAAGUAAAUUAAAGCAAGAUUAGUUCUAUACUAGUAGAAACGCAUUAAAAACAGAAAAAGAAGUAAUCCGAUCAGAAGAACAAAUUAUUAAAAAAUGUCACAACCACCAGCAAAAGCAGAGACAGGGACGAGCAACAAAAGACCAAGUGAAGGCAAUGGUGGAUUAUUUUGUUAUUAAUCCCCAUGUCGCUACGGGUAAAUUUAUGUCGUUACAAGGGCGAGCGAGUCUUGAAGAAAGUUGGAAGGAACUCGCUCAACAACUUAAUGCGAUGUCGAAAAAUGGAAAGGAGAAAGAUGUUGCUUCUUGGAAAACUACAUGGAGGGAUUGCAAAACGAAAGUCUCGGAUAAAGUUUCAAAAUUACGUGCUGCUCGUGCACAGACAGGUAAUAGGUAUGUUGAAAACGACAUAACAGAAAUGGACAAAAAGAUAUUAGGCAUUAUUGGCUAUGAUUUCGCUGAAGGAGUGAAGGACUGAUUUGAUAGCU